UUUUUCUAAAAGACAGAAAAAAUGGAGGAGUCAAUAAACCAAAUGCAACCACUGAAUGAGAAGCAGAUAGCCAAUUCUGAAGAUGGAUAUGUAUGGCAAGUUACUGACAUGAAUCGACUACACCGGUUCUUAUGUUUUGGUUCUGAAGGUGGGACUUACUAUAUCAAAGAACAGAAGUUGGGCCUUGAAAAUGCUGAAGCUUUAAUUAGGUUAAUUGAAGAUGGCAGAGGAUGUGAAGUGAUACAGGAAAUAAAGUUGUUUAGUCAAGAAGGCAGAACCGCAAAGCAGGAGCCCAUGCUCUUUGCACUUGCCAUUUGUUCCCAGUGUUCGGACAUAAGCACAAAACAAGCAGCAUUUAAAGCUGUUUCUGAAGUUUGUCGUAUUCCUACCCAUCUCUUUACUUUUAUCCAGUUUAAGAAAGAUCUGAAGGAAAGCAUGAAAUGUGGUAUGUGGGGUCGUGCCCUCCGGAAGGCUGUAGCGGACUGGUACAAUGAAAAAGGUGGCAUGGCUCUUGCCCUGGCAGUUACAAAAUAUAAACAAAGAAAUGGCUGGUCUCACAAAGAUCUACUGAGAUUGUCACAUCUUAAACCUUCCAGUGAAGGACUUGCCAUUGUGACCAAAUAUAUUACAAAGGGCUGGAAAGAGGUCCAUGAAUUGUAUAAGGAAAAAGCACUUUCUGUGGAAACUGAAAAAUUAUUAAAAUAUUUGGAAGCUGUAGAGAAAGUUAAGCGAACAAAAGAUGAACUGGAAGUCAUUCAUCUAAUAGAAGAGCAUAGAUUAGUUAGAGAACAUCUUCUAACAAAUCACUUAAAGUCUAAAGAGGUAUGGAAGGCUUUAUUGCAAGAAAUGCCUCUUACUGCAUUACUAAGGAAUCUAGGAAAGAUGACUGCUAAUUCAGUGCUUGAACCAGGAAAUUCAGAAGUGUCUUCAGUAUGUGAAAAACUGUGUAAUGAAAAACUGUUAAAAAAGGCUCGUAUACAUCCAUUUCAUGUUUUACUUGCACUAGAAACUUACAAAACAGGGCAUGGGCUCAGAGGAAAACUGAAGUGGCAACCUGAUAAUGAAAUUUUGAAAGCUUUGGAUGACGCUUUUUACAAAACAUUUAAGACAGUUAAGCCAACCGGAAAGCGUUUCUUGCUGGCUGUUGACGUCAGUGCUUCUAUGAACCAAAGAGUUUUGGGUAGUAUACUCAACGCCAGCACAGUUGCUGCAGCAAUGUGCAUGGUUGUCACACGGACAGAAAAAGAUUCUUAUGUAGUUGCUUUUUCAGAUGAAAUGGUACCAUGUCCAGUUACUGCAGAUAUGACCUUACAAGAGGUUUUAAUGGCUAUGAAUCAGAUACCAGCAGGGGGAACUGAUUGCUCUCUUCCAAUGAUUUGGGCUCAGAAAACAAACACAGCUGCUGAUGUCUUCAUAGUAUUCACUGAUAAUGAGACCUUUGCUGGAAGUGUCCAUCCUGCUGUUGCUCUAAGGGAGUAUCGGAAGAAAAUGGGGAUUCCAGCCAAAUUGAUUGUUUGUGGAAUGACAUCAAAUGGUUUUACCAUUGCAGACCCAGAUGAUCGAGGCAUGUUGGAUAUGUGUGGAUUUGAUACUGGAGCUCUGGAUGUAAUUCGAAAUUUCACAUUAGAUGUGAUUUAAGCACCAGCAUGAUCUAAGAGGUCCACUGCCAUCAGUGGAUCUUGCUAAAAAAUACACAGCUACUUCCCAGCUAAUCUUAAUCCAGUGAAAGAUGAUAUAGUAUGUGCGUGAUGGAAAGUUACUUUACAAAAAAAAGGAUGAAGAAGAAAAAAGAUGAGCCCAAAGUUCUGUCUACUAAACUAACUCUUGGGAAGUAGCAUCAGAACACACGUUAGCUUCCUCUGAGAGAGAGGACUUCUUGUUGAUAGACACUGUAAAACAGCUCAACAGUAGAAUAGUUAUUUCUUUGGGGAGUAAGAACAUUUGUACUUAAAAGAAGUAACAGCCAAAAAAAGUGCAGGUAGUUCCAUAUCAUGACAUUCUAACAGCUUGUCUGAGAAGUUUUCUUAAAUGUUUUCAUUGGGAAAGGACAACUUUGAUAACUUCUAAAUACUCUGAAAUGCACUAGACCAUGUUACUGUGAUGGAAUAUGAAAAUCAUCUGUAAACUUUUAUACUGAAGGGGGAAAAUGCUGACAUUUGAUUAAAUUUUGAGUUUUUACCAAUUCUUUUCAGAGUCUUCUAAGAUCACGUAAAUAACAACUUAUUCAAUGAAAAAACUAUUUUAUUUCUAAUGAGAAGAGACUAAAGUGUGUGCCAAGGAAGCCUAUAUUAUUGCCACGAGUAAGGGGUGUGACUUAACAGUUCCUCUGAAUUACAACAUAGAUAACAUGUACUCAUGCUUUCUGUUUUUCAUGUUUCAACCAUUUAACUCCCCCAUCCAUAAUGUUAAAGUAUAACAAUUUUCAACUAUAACCAGAUUAGCUUUUUACUUCUAAAAAUAUUAACUUUUUUUUUUUUUUUUAGCCAAUUACAAAUUGGUUUUAGAUACUUCCUAAUUUUAAAAAUGUCAUUUGCCUCCUUUUUGUCCAGUAAUCAUUUUGUGGCAAACUUUUUUUUUAAAGUUUGAAACAUGACACUAGAUUUAUUAUUGUUGUUGUGGUACAAAUAUAUAUAACCCAACAUUUGCCAGGUUCACAUUUUUUACAUGUACAAUUGUGUAACAUUGAUUACGUUAGCAGACAUUCUUUUUUGAUAGUGGAAAAAAAUAAUAAAGCAGCUAGGUCCUUCAGGUUUGAAAGGCAAUUUUUAGUACUGUAUUACCACCAAGCAGUCUUGUAAGAAAUUAUUUCUUUUUUCUAUUCGGUUUGUAUAUACUAAGCUUCCUUUACAUUACACUAAAGUACAGUAUUUACUUGAGCAAGUAUCUCCUCUUCGUAGGGAGAUUUAAUAUUAAAGCAACCUGUUGAAAUGACAAAAUCUUUGCUCAUAAUUUUAUCAUGGUUGUCAAAGGUAACUUACACAUAAAACUUUGAUUUGUAUUCUUUGUCUUUUAAAUAUUGAGGAUUUACUGUGGGAUUUAUAAAGCCUUUCUUACCGUUAUGUGAAAAGUCAAACUAAUAAAUGUAAAUUAUAGCCUUUUACGUGUUUGGAGGUUAGAGGUUUUAUAAUUUGGGGAGAAAGGGGACUUCGGUAGUAUUAGUUUAUAUAGAUAUUUUCCUCUGUUUCAUGGGAAGUUUGGGCUCCAGGAGUGAUAAGAAAAUGUUCCUUUUCGAAUUUUCAGCUGACGUAUUAAUGCUUGCUCUGAUAGAUGGCCAUUCCUUCAGGGGAACUGGUAGCAGUUUUUAAAUGGUGUGACUUACCUGGGAUUUUCUUUUUUUUUUUGGUCAGCAAAGCUAAUAAUGGAAAAAAAUGCAUUGCUUUAGAUCUUAUAGUUAUUUAUGUGGUGGAUUUGAAAACAUUGUUUUUAACCCUCUGUCAAGCAUUGAAUUUAACAUGUUAGCUACUUUUGAUACAUUAAAAUGUUUUUCUGAUUAAAUUUAAAGUGUAAAUCUAAUCAAAUUGUGUAAUAGCUCUUGAAUUCUUUAAAUUCAAGGUUUUCUUAAAUUUUAAAUUAUAAUAUGAUCUUUUUAUUCCUAACAGAAAUGUUAAAUGUAGUAUAAAAAUUUAUUUCCUUUAGUUAUGUACUAUUUCUGUAGUACUUUUUGGAGCCCUGGUGGCGCAGUGGUUAAGAGCUCAGCUGCGGACCAAAAGAUCGGCAGUUCAGAUCCACCAGCCACUUCUUAGAAACCUUAUGGAGCAGUUCUACUCUGUCCUGUAGGGUUGCUAUGAGUCAGAAUCAACUUGACAGCAACAGGUUUUUAUAGUACUUUUAGACAGAUAUAUCUAGGAGCUAAUAAUAAAUCCAUCAGAGAAAGAUUAGACAUGACCUUUUUGAAGUAUUUAGCUAAGUCUAAUUAAUGGAUUAGGGUUAUGAUUUAAGAAAAGAAGACCAAACAAACAAAAAAAAAGUAAAGGAAAUCAACACAAAAAGUAACUUUAUUUUCAAAUCAUGAAUUUUACAGCUGGAAAAAACCUUAUAAAUUUUUCAGCUAACAACUUUUAAAUUUUGAUUAAAAAUCUAAGGUCCAAAAGAGCAUGACUUUGGAGCAUUAGACUUAGAAAUCACAGUCUCUUGAAUCCCAUUCCAGUAUUCAUUUCCCCAAAAUAUGGGAAGACUUCAGCUCAGAAGAGACUUUUCUCUUAUUUAGAUAUUAGGAAACAAUGUAUAUACAUGAUUGAUUUAGGAAUAGAGAAACAAGGAGAUAUGACCAGGUAUACUUUUAUAAUUCAUAGUAAUCCUCAAGUACAAUUAAUGCUUGUUUAAUAACUUGUGUUGAUACAUAGCAUAAUCCUAUAGAAAAAAAUAAAGAACUUUACCUCAUUAUAAAUAAGACGUACUCAAGUGGUAAACAAGUUUUAUUUUCUGAAUUACUUUUAGGAUUUCUGUCACAUUAAUAUUUGGGGAAAUGUUUUUAAAAACAAUCUUGAGAAAAAUAAACUUAUUUCCUAGAUAGUACGUAAAUAGUUUCAGGAUAUACUUGUCUAACUAGUGAAACAAAAACUAAUAAGCCUAACCCGCCCUGUUAGUUGAAAUUUCUUAGAAAUUCCAUUUAUUAACACUGUUGUAUAUUUAGUUAUAGUAACUUUUAUGGGGUUAUUAGUGAGGCAAGAUGCUAGUGGAUUAAAUUUAGUGUUACCUCUCUGGAACCUCUUCUCUUUAUCUAACUUAACUGCGUGACUGAAGACAACUAAUUUAACUUCUCUGAUUUAAUUUCACUAUUUUUAAAAAGUAACAUCUGAUGCUUGGAUCAUAAUGACUUUUUUUUUUUUUUUAAAGUUGAAAUUGGAGGGAGGGCUUGCAAUACAAGUUAAAACUUUUUUUUUUUUUUUUUUACUGAAAACAUUCUUGUUAAUACGUUUUGAAAGAUAAAUGUUUUAAAAAAUAGCUCAGUAGGCCUUCUUAAUUUUAACGACUCCUGAGCACAGUAGAACAUUUUUCACAAUGAAAGUGAGUACUGACCAACAAGUUACUAUUCUCAAGAAACAGAAAAAGAACUA